AUGAUCAAAGGCUGGGGAAACUAUGUCAAGGUAGCCAAGGUCUCACGGGCCUCGCACCACAUCCGCGCACUCACCACUACUGUCACUGCCGUUGCCUCGUGGAAAUCGUCGGGUACGGUCACCGCACCCUCACCCAUCUACACCUAUUCCUCCAGAUCCUAUUCCACUAGAUCCACCGUCGUUCAGCUUUUGAACAACAUCGGUUCCAAGAGAGAGGUCGAACAGUACUUGAAAUACUUCACGUCGGUGAGCCAACAACAGUUUGCUGUCAUCAAGGUUGGAGGUGCCAUUAUCACCCAACAAUUGCCAGAGUUGGCAUCAUGUUUGGCAUUCUUAUACCAUGUUGGAUUAUAUCCCAUUGUCUUGCACGGGACCGGACCUCAGAUCAAUGAGUUGUUAGAAAACGAGGGUAUCGAACCGGAGUACAUUGACGGGAUUCGAAUCACGAAUCCUGAAACUAUGAAGGUGGUUAGAUCAUGUUUUUUGGAACAGAACUUGAGAUUAGUGACUGCCUUGGAAAAGACUGGUGUUCGUGCCAGACCUAUCACCGCUGGAGUUUUCAACGCGGACUACUUAGACAAGGACAAGUACCAAUUGGUGGGAAAGAUCACUUCUGUCAACAAGUCAGCUAUUGAAGCCAGUAUUGAGGCUGGAUACUUGCCAAUCUUGACCUCUUUGGCCGAAACCUCUUCUGGACAAUUAUUGAACAUCAAUGCCGAUGUCGCUGCCGGUGAAUUGGCCAGAGAGUUUGAACCUUUGAAGAUUGUCUACUUAAAUGAAAAAGGUGGAAUCAUUAAUGGUGAAACCGGUGAAAAAAUCAGUGCGAUCAACUUGGACGAAGAAUAUGAAGACUUGUUGAAACAAAGCUGGGUCAAAUACGGUACCAAGUUGAAGAUAAAGGAAAUCCACGACUUGUUGCAACACUUACCAAGAUCUUCUUCGGUGGCAAUUAUCGACGUGAACGAUUUGCAAAAGGAAUUGUUCACCGACUCCGGUGCCGGUACCUUGAUCAGAAGAGGCUACAAGUUGAUCAGCAGAAACUCAUUGUCUGAGUUUGGAAACCCAGAUUUGUUGAGAUCUGCUUUGUUGAGAGACCCUGAAAUCAAGUCUGGAAAGUUGUCUGUUGCUUCUUACUUGAAGCUUUUGGAAAACUCCCUGUUCAAGUCUUAUGGUGAUGAGCCAUUGGAGGUUUUGGCGGUGGUGGUGGAAAAUGAAGAUGAUUUGAGUAUCCCUAAAUUGGACAAGUUCCUUUCCUCCAAGAACGGCUGGUUGAAUAAUGUGACUGACAAUAUUUUCAAUGCCAUCAAGAAAGACUAUACUUCCUUAUACUGGAUUGUGAACGAGAACGAUCCUAAUUUGUCCUGGUACUUUUCCAAGUCUGAUGGUUCUUUUGCUAAGAAUGGCGAGAUAUUAUUCUGGUACGGUAUCAAAGACACCGACACCACCAGUAAAUUGAUCAAGAAAUUUGACUCUGGCUCUAAAUCUUCGUUAUCGUCUUCUGAAGAAUCAGGAGUUUUCAGUUCGCCAACUCAAAAGAGAGGGUUCCACACCAGAAGAGCUCUCCACACAACCACUAACCCCAACCCACCUGUUGACGUUGGUACGAACCCCAACAAGUCCAAAAUUGCAUUGAUUGGAGCUAGAGGUUACACUGGACAAAACUUGAUUCAGUUGAUCGACAACCAUCCCAGCUUGGAAUUGGCAUACGUCUCUUCCAGAGAGUUGGAUGGACAGAAAUUGGCUGGCUACAAUAAGGAUAACAUUGUGUAUUCGAACUUGCAGGUUGAAGAUAUCAAAAGAAUCGAAGAAAACCAGGAAAUCGAUAUGUGGGUGAUGGCUUUGCCCAACGGGGUGUGUAAACCAUUUGUCGAUGCCAUUGAAUCCAUUCCUAACUCCAAGUCUAAGAUCAUCGACUUGUCUGCCGACUACAGAUUUGAUACUACUGGAGACUGGGUUUAUGGAUUACCUGAAUUGGUCAACAGACAGGAUAUUAUCAACGCCAAGAAGAUCUCGAAUCCUGGAUGUUAUGCCACUGCUGGCCAGGUUGCUAUCUCUCCAUUGGUUCCAUAUAUCACCUCCACUCCAUCAAUUUUUGGUGUUAGCGGAUAUUCUGGAGCAGGUACCAAACCGUCACCCAAAAAUGAUGUCAACUACUUGUCCAACAAUUUGAUUCCUUACUCCUUAACUGAUCACAUCCACGAAAAGGAAAUGAGUAAGCAGUUGGGAAUUCAAGUGGCUUUUGUGCCCCACGUUGCCCAAUGGUUCCAAGGAAUCACCCACACAAUUUCCAUUCCCAUUCAACCCAAGGCCUUGACGUCAAGAGACAUCAGAAAUAUCUACCAGGAAAGAUACCAAGGUGAGAAGUUAAUCACCAUCAGCGGAGAAGCGCCGGUGGUAAAAGACAUCAGUGGUAAACAUGGUGUGGUUGUUGGGGGAUUUGCAGUCAACUCCAAAGAGGAUAGAGUGGUGGUGGUUGCUACCAUAGACAACUUGUUAAAAGGAGCUGCUACCCAGUGUUUGCAGAACAUCAACUUGACCUUGGGCUAUGGCGAGUAUGACGGUAUUCCUACCGAUGUAGUAAUUAGAGGUUAA